GGCAGUUUACGACAGUGGUGACAGACUCUGAGAGCAUCCGGCUUCCUCGCCGCACCGGUGCGAAAACCAGCGCGAUGUUCGGUGCCGGGGAGGAGGAUGACACCGACUUCCUCUCGCCCAGCGGCGGUGCCAGACUGGCCUCUCUUUUUGGACUGGAUCAGGCAACUGCUGGCCAUGGAAACGAAUUCUUCCAAUACACAGCCCCAAAGCAGCCUAAGAAAGGCCAUGGAACAGCUUCAACAGGAAAUCAGACAACACCAAAGGCAGCGCCAGCCAGCACAGGCACUUCCACAGUACUGGUUGCAACAGCAGUCCAUGCGUAUCGCUACACAAAUGGUCAGUAUGUAAAGCAGGGCAAGUUUGGUGCUGCAGUCCUGGGGAACCACACUGCCAGAGAGUACAGGAUUCUUCUCUAUAUCAGCCAGCAACAGACAGUUACUGUUGCUAGGAUUCAUCUGAACUUUGAGCUAAUGGUUCGACCCAAUAACUAUAGCACCUUUUAUGAUGACCACAGACAAAACUGGUCCAUCAUGUUUGAGUCAGAAAAAGCUGCUGUGGAGUUCAAUAAGCAGGUGUGCAUUGCCAAGUGCAACAGCACCUCUUCUUUGGAUGUGGUUCUCUCUCAGGACCUCACUGUGGUAGAGGGUCCUGCUGUAGAAGUUGGAGAUUCUUUGGAAGUGGCCUACACUGGCUGGCUAUUUCAGAAUCAUGUGCUUGGUCAGGUUUUUGACUCCACUGCUAACAAAGAUAAGCUGCUUCGCCUAAAAUUAGGAUCAAGAAAAGUCAUCAAGGGCUGGGAGGAUGGAAUGGUGGGCAUGAAGAAAGGAGGAAAGCGGUUGCUUAUUGUCCCUCCAGCCUGUGCUGUUGGCUCUGAAGGGGUAAUAGGCUGGAUUCCAUCAACGGACUCAAUCCUGGUGUUUGAGGUGGAGGUCAGGAGGGUGAAGUUUGCCAGAGACUCAGGCUCUGACGGGCAUAGCAUCAGUUCCUGGGAUUCUGCAGCCCCCUCUCCUGUUCCUGGUGCUGACAGCCUCUCUGCUGAUCCUGUCGUGUUGCCACCCACAUCAGUGCCUUUCAAAUCAGGGGAGUCGGCUCUCCGUACCAAAUCUAACUCCCUCAGUGAACAGCUCACGACAAAUACCAGUCCAGACACAGUCAAGGCCAAGUUAAUCUCCCGGAUGGCUAAAAUGGGCCAGCCCAUGCUGCCCAUCCUUCUACCACAGCUGGAUUCCAAUGACUCAGAAAUUGAAAAUGCUCUGUGUGGACCUGGGCAGCCCCUGGUGACGCCAUCCAUCCAGCCCUCCCUUCAGCCAGAUCAUCCAGUGUUACCACAGAUGGCCUCACAGGCACCUCAGCCUUCUGUUUCUGGACUCCAAGCACCAUCUGCUGCCUUAAUGCAAGUUGCAUCUCUCGAUUCCCACCCAUCUGUAUCUGGAAAUCCCCAGUCCUUUCAGCCCUAUGCAGGUCUGCAAGCCUAUGCCUAUCCCCAGACAUCUGCAGUCACUUCACAGCUGCAGCCUGUUCGGCCCUUGUACCCAGCACCACUGCCCCAGGCUCCCCAUCUUCAAGGAUCAGGUGAUGUGGCUUCAUUUCUCAUGACUGAAGCACGGCAACAUAACACUGAAAUUCGGAUGGCAGUGAGCAAAGUGGCUGAUAAAAUGGAUCAUCUCAUGACUAAGGUUGAAGAGUUACAGAAGCAUAGUGCUGGCAAUUCCAUGCUUAUUCCUAGCAUGUCAGUCACAAUGGAAACAAGCAUGAUAAUGAGCAACAUCCAGCGGAUCAUUCAGGAAAAUGAAAGAUUGAAGCAAGAAAUCUUUGAGAAGAGCAGUCGGAUAGAGGAACAAAAUGACAAGAUUAGUGAACUAAUUGAACGAAAUCAGAGGUAUGUUGAGCAGAGUAACCUGAUGAUGGAGAAGAGGAACAACUCACUUCAAACAGCCACGGAAAACACACAGGCAAGAGUUUUGCAUGCUGAACAAGAGAAGGCCAAAGUGACAGAAGAGCUAGCAGCAGCUACUGCACAGGUCUCUCACCUGCAGCUGAAAAUGACUUCUCUCCAAAAGAAGGAAACACAGCUGCAGAUGCAGCUGACAGAAAGCUUGAAGGAGACAGAUCUGCUGAGGGGUCAGCUCUCUAAACUGCAGACAGAGCUCUCAGAGCUCCAAGAAACCUCUGAGCAAGCACAGUCCAAGUUGAAAAGUGAAAAGCAAAAUCGGAAACAGCUGGAACUCAAGAUGACAUCCCUGGAGGAGGAAUUGACCGACCUUCGAGCUGAGAAGGAGUCUCUGGAAAAGAACCUCUUAGAAAGGAAAAAGAAAUCAGCUCAGGAGCGUUGCCAGGCUGAGGAGGAGAUGGAUGAGAUUCGCAAAGCACACCAGGAGGAGUUGGAUAAACUUCGACAGCUCUUGAAAAAUGCUCGGGUAUCCACAGACCAAGCAGCUGCAGAACAGUUGUCUGCAGCACAGGCUGAGCUACAAAGCCAAUGGGAAGCCAAGUGUAAGCGUUUGUUGGCUUCCGCCAAGGACGAGCACCUGCAGCAGUACCAGGAGGUGUGUGUGGAGAGGGAUGCCCACCAGCAGAAGGUGACACGCCUUCAGGAAAAGUGCCUAGCCCUCCAAGCCCAAGUCAAAGCUCUCACAGAGCACAAUGAAGAGCACAUCAAGGAACUGAAGAAGACCAAACCCCAGAUCCCUAGAGUCGAAGCUGCUGUAGACCCCUCAGAGAAGGUCAAGAAGAUCAUGAACCAGGUGUUCCAUUCAUUGCGAGGAGAGUUUGAGCUGGAGGAAUCUUACAAUGGCAGAACUAUUCUGGGGACCAUCAUGAGUACAAUCAAGAUGGUGACUCUGCAGCUGUUGAGCCAGCAGGAGCAAGAGCAGGGAGAGAGCAGCAGUGAGGAGGAAGAAGAGCGGCCCCAGACACCUUCCCAGGACCAGUCAGGCCCAGCCACUCCUGGGCUGCAUCCAGUGUCUCUGGGUGAGGAGAGGGAGGAGGCCUCCACAGUGCCAUCGGAGCAAGUAGUGGGAGAAGCCAUCCAGCUACCUCCACAGACUCUUCCCACACCCCAGGAUGGUGCACAGACAGGGAAAGCAGAGCCCUCAGAGAUGGAGGCACUGUCUGAGAUUAAAGAUAGCUCCCUUCCACCAGAGCCGGCUUGCGUCCCACCCCACAGAGUCCUGGGGCCCCCGACUUCGAUUCCACCCAAGCCUCCCGGCCCGGUAAUUAUGGACUCUGAGUGCAAGGAGACACUUGCUGCCAGCCUGACAGCAGUGAAGCCUGAUGGCCCAUUGGGAAAGAUGGAUGUUGAAGAAGUGGCCCCAGAAGGCCCACCACAGGAAAGCUCCACGAGACUGUCACUGACUCCAGACCCUGAGAAAGGGGAGCCACCAGUCUUAGGGCCUGAAAGCCCAGGUGGAGAUCCUCAGCCUCCAGAACUCAGUGGAGAUAAGGGUGUCACCAGCUCUGCUGGUCCCUGUGAGGUGCCAUUAGGCACAGAGGCUGAUUCUGCAGGUGCAGCCUUCAGACCCAGUCAGUGCUCCAGUCUCUCUGGGGAUGAAGAGGAUGAACUGUUUCAAGAGGCAACUCUGAAAGUCCCAAGGCCCAAAGCCCAGGAGGAGGAGGAUGAAGAUGAGGUGAGCAUGAAGGGACGCCCGCCCCCAACACCCCUUUUUGGAGAUGAUGAUGAUGACGAUGACAUUGACUGGCUGGGAUGAAGACCCAGGAAAAUGGUGCACAGGUUUCUCUACCAACCUUUCCUUAAGCAUGAUUUUGCACAGCUAGCCUUGGGUGUAGGCGAGCCACAGGGUGAGGGCAAGGUGAGCAUUCUGAGGACAGUAGUUCAGAUAUCUGAGCCCUGCCUGACCUGGUGAAGAGGAUCAUUACCUGUCUUUUGAAAAGGUGUUUUGAGAAACCCAUUGUGGUCCUGCCUGAAUCUCAGUUGCAGGAAGGGCUGGUAGGUUCCUUCCAGCCUGUCAUCUAUAAGAGUCUUGCCCUCUCUUCGAAGCUUUUUCUUCUUUUCAUUCACUCUCAAACUGAUCUGUGAGCCCCAGCUCCAUCUGUCUCCCAGGGCUCAGCUGUGCCCGAGCAAACGAGAUCUGUCACCUUGGGUGAGGGCUUCUUGGAGAACUGAGAGGAUAUCAGACCAUCUUAGUCCAGUUCAAUUAGCAGCCUGGUCUGCAACCCUUGGACAUAUAUCUUUUUUCUCUGCCUUAAAUCUUAUACAAGAGGUCAGUGAGUAUUUGAAAUUAACAAAGCUAAAAUAAAUAUCUAUAAUGAAACUUAACUCAGGCUUUGGGGAGAAACUGAGUUUGGUUUUCAAGGAUGUCUUUGUUCCUCUUUGGGAGUCUAAAGGUAGGAGUUGUACCUGGGUCAGUUAACAUCCACAAAAGCACAGACAUGUUUCCUUUGGUACCUAACUCUGAAACUUUUAAGACUUUCAAAAAAAGUUACCACUCUCCUGUCCCAGCUCAUCCCAGUCACCUAAGGCUCAGGGAAUCGUGGUCACCAAAGGUCAAGUCCUACCCUCUACUGGCUUCUGCAGGCUGUCCUAUAGCCUGGGAACCCAUACAGGAAGGUGGAGGGCCCCUAACUUCCAUUGUUCAUAGCAUCAAAGGGGGUCUUCAGCUUCCAUCCCCUGCCCCUCAACUUGGGACCAGGACUAGUGCAGAGAACAACAGUGAUUUGUGGUCAAUUUAUUUAUUCUAGGAUCCUAAGACUAUGUAACUAGUCUUAAAAAACAGAAAAAGUAGAACAAAUAAGUUCUUUGAGGACUGGGAGCAUGGCUCAAAUUUAGGCUCCUGAGUCCCACUCCAGAUCUCCUGAGACAGAAGUUCUACCUGUUAUGGUAAAAUACAUAGAGCACAGCCUUGUCUUUCCGAUCUGAAUUUAAUUUCUGUGUGGCCUCAGUCAAGUUACUUACCUCUCAGUUCCAGUCCUUC